AUGAGAUCUUUGAUUUUCCCCGCGCUGCACCUACUGAGCGGCAUAAGCGUCGCGGCCCAGCAGCUCGCUUACACCUCCUUCAUCGUGACAGAAUGCGUUACGGAAGCGUCCUCGAUGCCAGAUCCAGGGGUGGCACCCAUCGUCAACACGAAACCCGGAUACCAGGAGACAAUAACUCUGUCCUAUACUAUGCCGCCGUGUACGUCCUGUGGCUGUCCAGGAUGCACGCUUGUCAGCUCGUUCACGACGACGUGCUUGGCCUUCCACACCGCCGCCGCCUCUGGAGUAACGGCACAGAGCUAUGCUAUCACGGAAACAUACAUCGGGCUAUCCUCGCUUCCAAGCUUCGACGAGCCCACGCAAAUGCCAUACGGAUUCACCUCGUCAGUCCACACGUGCAAUGCAGGCGUGUGUGGACCGGAAGCCAUAACAGCGACUAUGACAUACCCAUCUGGUGGCGGACCGUUCGUGGCCGCACCGCUCUCUGAACACUGCUCUACUUUAUCUACACAGCAUCAGAACACAGUGACGCCAGCGACUGGCACUGCUGUGCCCGUACCCGUGCCCGCACAGCCGACCAUGGCAGUCGUGAGCAGGGGCAACGUUAAGAAGCCACUGGAGAUCAUCGUGUUAUCUGUAUUCUUCUUGGUUGCGACAGUUGUAUAG